AUGUGGAUGUCUAUAGUGCCCCUUAAAGAAAAUACCCAGGCAUCCAACCCUAGGGCCCCAGCUUACAGAGAAUUCUGGGAACUUAUAUCCAAAAGCAUCUAUAAUACUGUGACUAGGCUCUCCCAGACUGUGUGCCUAAUAAAUGUCAUCCACCUUGCAAAAUGUGAAUGCACAACAUACGCCUUUGCAUUCCCAUCGUUUCUGUUUGUUUUACUCUAUCAAUUUGUGUUCUGUUCAGGAAGGAUACGGUAUCGGGGAUGAUGAGUAUUCCUGUGCAUAUGACGGCUGCAGGCAGCUGAUCUGGUAUAAUGCCAAAAGCAAAGCACACCAACAUCCUUGCUGGAAAGAAGGUAAUUCGAAUAUCCUUAUUAUAGAGGACACUACGUGUGUGUGUGUGUGGCCUGUCCCACCAGCUCUGUAAUAGAGGAGAUUCCUUCAAUCACUUAUUUAAUUAACCAAGGAUAUCUAUUUGUUGCAACAGAGGAUUGAACUUUAUCAUAACUUAUAAUAACACUAAAGUAGUGCUGGUAAAAAAAAAACACCCAGUGACCAUUACAUUUAUACAGGAAACCCACACAAAAAAAUACUAAUCCACGCCGGUAACACUAUUCAUAGCGAGUCGUUACCUUUUCUGUAAUAACUUUUUUGUAUGGGUUUAUUGUGUUUAUACUUCUCUAUUUUUUAUUUAUUUAUUUAUUUUUUACCAGUACUACUUUGUGUUUUGGGUGUGUGGUAUUUUGGAGAGAUACUUUCUAAGUGGCUGUGGAGUAUACACUCUUGUGUUGACACUUAUUCAUUUGUAUACUCUUGGUUAUAUACUUUUGUAUGUAUGUGUAUAUAUACAUUUUUAUAUAUUUUUUUUUACUACUUUAAAGGAAGUGUUUGGCAUUGUAUAUUAUGAAUGAUUAUCGUUUGGUUUCAAACUUCAGAAUCUAUUGAAGGUUUUGUAACAUGUAAAGUAUGAAUUGUCUGUUUUUAGUAUUGCAAUCAUAAUUUCAUGUAUACUUGGAGGCUAGCAAAGCUAUUUUAAUCAAAUAUUAUAAUCCAUGUUUGCGGGAGAUUUUACUAGUACAAUGCAUUAAAGCUGAAUGCCUAACUUAAGCUUGCUGACUAAGAUGCAUACAUCUAAAACUGCUUGUCAUCUAAAGCAUGUUUGUUUCUUUAAUUUCAGGCGAUACUGUGGGGUUUUUAUUGGAUCUACAUAAAAAACUAAUGAUUUUCUCAUUAAAUGGGAACCAGCUUCCUCCUGAAAAACAAGUGUUCUCCUCUGCAACGUAAGUGGCCAGUAUCAGGGCCCAAAGCUUUGGUUUUCAUACAGACAGCCGGUUUUACUGGUCCUUAAGGGGUUAAGCAAAGUCUAACAGAUUAGGCCUUGACUGAAAUUACUCCAUAUCAAUUCUAUAUGAUACCAUUUUCUGCUAACUAGUAAUUUUUUCUUUACACCAGUGAGCAUACAUAAUGGGGAAUGAAGGAAGUAGAUUGUCCAUUAAAAAUGUGUUGACCAGUUCUUGAAGAAGAAAAAAAAUAAAAAAUCCGCAACUAAAUAUUUUUUUACUUUUUCUCCAUCUUUAUGCAAUUUAAAAGAACACUAUAGGGUCAGAAACACAGACAUGUGUUCCUGACCCUAUAAUGUUAAAAUCACCAUUUAGGUGGUUGCCCUCCCUUAGAAGGGGUUAAAACUCACCUUAUUUCCAGUGCUGUGCUGGUCCUCUGAACCUGGCCAUGCCCCAGAUCCGCCUCGUUGGUGGCAUCAGAAUGUCCGAUUUUUUUUGAUUUUUUUUUUUUUUAGCCAAUCCAAUGCUUUCCCAUGGGGAAAAGUAUUGCAUUGGCUGAAAUCGGCAAGGGGGUGGGAUGGUGGUGCGGCCAAAGGCAGUUUUGGCCAAUCAUCACUUCCUCAUAGAGAUGCAUUGAAUCAAUGCAUCGCUAUGAGGAAAAUUCAGCGUCUCUAUGCAGAGUGUGGAGAUGCUGAACAUCAGUGCUGCCUACUGUGUUAGUACUACUGUGUAGCAUCUCUAGUAGCCAUCUGAGGAGUGGCCACUUGGAGGUGUCCCUAAAGGGGCAAUGUAAACACUGCCUUUUCUCUAAAAAAAAAAAAAAAAAAGGCAGUGUUUGCGUUUAAAAUGCCUGAAUUCAAUGAUUCUACUCACCAGAUCAACCACAUUAAGCUGUAGUUUGUUUGGUGACUAUAGUGUCCCUUUAAACUCCAUCAUUGGAGUUGGGAUAGCUUAGCUAGGAGACUGUCCCACUUGGAGAGCAUUUCCAGUUUGACCGUUUUGGCCUUGGAUUUGGGGAUUGGGUUAACUUUGAAUUCCAGAUGGUCCGUUGGUGAAUAACCCUGUAAGCCUUCUCUCACUCCACAGACAAGAAUAAGGUUUUAACUUCUGGUUCUAGGCCUGUGUCAUUCCAGAAGUAAUUCAGUUAGCUUUCCCAUUGGGUGGCAAUGAUAUGCGUUGUGAAAUUGGAGCAAUACAUGUGCUCCUGUAUUGUGAGUUCUCGAACCUCUUGUGAGAUGAAAGGGCAUCUUCCAGUGUGUGAUGACUGCCGGAAAAUGGACUGUGAAAAAUAAAAAUUACAGGAAGUAGUGUAGGUUUUAUUCAGUAGAAUUAUAAAAAAAAAAACUCCUACUCUCAACUGGUACUUCUAAAUACAUUUUGUCUCAAAUCUUUCUUUGAGAGGAGAGUAGCACAAGUUAGAAAAGGGUGAAAAAAACAAACCUCAAAACACACUCUUGUAUUUAGUAAAGUGACACUGUCAAUCAAUUUCCAUAUGAAAAUGGAAACUGUGAUGCAAUUCGUAGAUGACCUCCUCCUCCCUGAAAAUAAAUACAUUUUCUUUUAGUGAAAGUCACAUCUUGACUUCCUAUAUCUUGGGUCAGACAAACCUAUAUUUUUCUGGUAUUGCUUUUGAAGUGCGACUAUUAAGAUUAUUUUACAUUUCAAAGUGUAUCUGCCAUAGUACACUCAACGUAUGCUGUUUUGUAAGAACAUAAAAAUCCAUCUGUUCAUUAACACAUGUUUAAAGGACCACUAUAGGCACCUAGACCACUUCAGCUUAAUGAAGUGGUCUGGGUGCCAGGUCUAGCUAGGUUUAACCCUUUUUAUUCUAUAAACAUAGCAGUUUCAGAGAAACUGCUAUGUUUACACUGAGGGUUAAUCCAGCCUCUAGUGGCUGUCUCAUUGACAGCUGCUAGAGGCGCUUCCGCACUUCUCACUGUGAUUUUUCACAGUGAGAAGACGCCAGCGUCUAUAGAAAAGCAUUGAGAAUGCUUUCCUAUGGACUGGCUAAAUGCGCGCGCGGCUCCUGCUGAGCAUGCGCAUUCAGCCGAUGACGUCGCUAUGGAGGAGGAGGAGAGUCCCCAGCCUGGCGCUGGAGAAAGAGGUACGUUUAACCCCUUCCUCCCCCUAGAGCCUGGUGGGGGGGGACCCUGAGGGUGAGGCACCCUCAGGGCACUAUAGUGCCAAGAAAAAGUGUUUUUUUGGCACUAUAGUGGUCCUUUAACAGUUAGAUAUUUAUUUAAAGUAAUAAUCCUCGGCCCUUCUAUCAAUCAAUUCUUGGCAUAGUGAUCAAUGCUGGAAUAUACCUGAAUGCCCAGAAUAGCUUGGCAAGAGAGAUGCAGGAGAACCCGUAUAAGUGGUUCUAGUGCCAUCUCACAGCCACACCCACUCCCUGCCUCAUCCUGCCCACUUCUAAAAUAAUUGAUAGUAGGUAACUAACCAGGCAGGGCCAAUAGCUUAGUUAGUGGACCGUGUAGGUAGAGUCUGUUAUAAUAGUGUGUAACGCCCACAAAGGCAGCAUGAUGUCUUGGCACAGAAGGGAAGAUUUGUUGUUUUUUUUUUUUUAAUUUAAAACUGAAUAUUUCAUUAAGAAUUGAGAUACAGCAUUGCUUAGCAAGAACAUCUUAAUGUAUUUCCUAAUAAGAUAACAGGGCUAUGGAGUGCCCCCAUCUUUCUCUUUAACUCCUGGCCCCAUAACUUUGACAGUGUUUUGGUCACUAGGUUGUUCAUACAUACUGAAAAUCCAAAAUGGUCAUGGUUUGCCUUUUGUUUUUGGGGGUUGUACAUCAAUUUCUUAUUUUGUUCUUUUUUUAGGUCUGGGUUUUUUGCUGCAGCAAGCUUUAUGUCUUACCAACAAUGCGAGUUUAAUUUUGGAGCCAAGUCCUUUAAAUAUCCACCGACAAGUAAAUUUAGCACCUUUAAUGAAUAUGCAGUUCUUGCUCCAGAGGAAAAGGUUAUAUUACCCAGGUAACCAUAACGAUCAUUACAUGUAACGAUGUGUCCGGUGUAUGUUUUAAUAAAUAGUGAUUGGUUUUGAAUCGUUGGCUGAUGUACAUUGGUGUAAUGCAUUUACUGCUAUAGUGAUACAAUAACGGUCCUAUUUUCUGCCUCACAGUCUUGGCAUUUGGAACUUUCAUUCUUUCACGUCUUUGUUUUUGAGGGUUUAUACUCUGCUCAUUCCAGUAAACACUAAAACAAUAAAUGCCUAGAGUUGACAAGUUUUUAGUCUUAACUAUAAAAACUGGAAGAAUGGCGGCAGUGAAGAGUUUUACGUUUGGUCUCCUUCGUGUAAACCCCACUUUGGAUGGUUUUUAUAUGGGGAUUUGUGAAAACAAUCAAAAGUAUGUGGGGGGGACAAACAAACUCUAAAUGAGUAUUGUACCCCUCUUCGUUAAGGUCAAUGGAGACUCAAAACUGGGCAACAGAGAGGGGUUCUGAGCACCAUGUCCAUUACAACUCCAUUAUAGUGAUUCACAUACCCAAUCUCUUGAUCCCAUUCCUCUUUUGUGUCAAAGCAUUUCAGGGCCUACAACCUAGACCCUUUGUGGCAACUCGGCUAGUGUCCGCACUAUCCUUUCAGCACUGGAUGGUUUCAUGCAAAAGUGCACUGUAGCAUCCUCAAGACUUCAACAGGAGGGGUGUGUUUUAAGUGUUGGGAGAGCCCGGCUGUCUGUCAAACCCCUCAAACUGUUUGACAUAACUGAGGUCUACACCUUAAAGCCCCAUAUUCUCUACAGCUUGUUGAAGCAGUUAUAAUGCAGGAUGUUAAUUUUUAAUAAUUUAUAUCCCAGUUUUCUCAUAAAACACAAUCAAGGUCAUUGUGGUCACCGAAAAAAAAGACCAAUUUUCACAAUUUCCUGGGGUUGUUUUUUUUUUUUUUUUAAAUGGACGUAACAUUGCUACAUAUUGUUUACAUGUGAAACUGACGUGUGUAGAUAACGGUGAACAACCUAUGUAAUGGCUGGUUUUAUGGUAAUAUAACAUUCUUAGUUUGCAUUCUCCUGUCCUCCAAACUCACCUCUCAUUCUGAUCCUUUAGACACAGACGCUUAGCAUUGUUAAAACAAGUGAGCAUCAGAGAAAACUGCUGUACGCUUUGCUGCGACGAGGUGGCAGACACAGAACUGAAGCCUUGCGGACACAGGUGAGUGAAAUGCUUUGUUUCUUCGUGAUGAAAAGAUGUGCUAAUUUUACAAUUCUUAUAAGAUUUGGUCUCUCUACAUACUGCUUUUACCACAAUGUUACAUUCCCAAAUGCAGGCUAUACAGUCAAUUGAAGUUUUCAUUUCCUCCAAGGGGAAAAAGCCUGUGACCACGGAGUACCAUACUGUGAUGUUGGUUGCAUGUAAAAAGGAAGAAUGUUCCAAGCUUUUUGGGAAAAAAAAUAAAUAGUUUUUAUUUUAUAUUGGUUAAAGGGAUGUGCAUCACUUGAGAGUGAUUAUUUAUAUAUAUAUAUAUAUACACACUUUUUUUUUUCUUUUUAAACCAAACAAACCCUUUAAAAUAUAUUUUUAAAAAAAGUAUAUAAUACAGACUUUGAAAAGUAUGUAUUAAAUAUUUAUAAACUUGGUCAGAUUAAAUUAUUGCUCACACCUCUCAAUUGGGGGAGUAUCUUCUGUCCUGUCCAACCAAACUUAGCUACCCAUCUAAUUUUUAUAUUGAAGAAAUCCAUACAAAAUGUAUCACUGAGAGGGAAGGGAAGGGGGGAGGUAGAGGGGAUUUUAACACUAUGGUGAUUCGAUGCAGGUUUCUGGGUUUGGGGGGGCUCAAGCUGUAAAUUCCACUCAUCCAGCGCUGUAUCAGGUAUGAAGUUUGUAGCCAGGAUUCCACAGCAGUCAGACACGUUUCGCCCAAUUAUUGGCUAUCGAUCUCAGUGAUUUAUGUCCCUUUAUUUAUACAAUCCAUGGGGUAGGAUAUAGGAGAAAACUGUGACUAGGUUCAAGCUUUAGUGCAAAUGCUGACUGUAACAUCUGAAAAAGUCUUAAAGGAAAACAUCAUUGCUGUUGGUUAUUAUGAAGGUUAAACUAAUAGGUCUGAGUUUUAAACUUCUUGGGGGAGAUAGAUUUUUUUUUUUUUUUCUUUCUUUAAUUGAACUGUUUAACAAUGACAACCAAACCCCAGUUGACAUUUUUCUUUUUCUUUCCCAGUGAUCUCUGCAUGGAAUGUGCCUUGCAGCUGGAGACCUGCCCAUUGUGUCGUCAAGAAAUAAAGACUCGCGUACGACAGAUUGCCCAUAUUUCUUGA